GAAUCUCUUAUCGAAGAAUAUAGUGUGGCAGCUCAGAUUUGGAAAAUUGUCUUCUUCUGAUAUGAGUGAACUUGCACGUAAUUCUGUAGUUCAAAGUGGAUUUGCGAUGACCAUAAAUUUGGAAAACGAUACAUUAGAAGAAGAAAAUUCGAAUGGUGGAAAAAUAUUCAAAAUUGAAAUCCUAUGGUUCAUCUGA